AGCUUGUGGAGAGCAGUAUAGAUGAUAUGGGUUAUUGAUUUUUUUUUUUGAUCUGUAUUCUUUUCCAUUCUAUGAAGGAAUGGGCAUGCUAGAGGUUGUUGAUUGUUUCUAUUACUGUUCUAUUUGGGGUUUCAGAAUUUAUAGAGGUUAUCAUCAAACUUAGAGAUCAUCAUCAAAGUUGGACCUAUAUAGCUCGAGUUUAUAGGGAUCAUCAUCAAAGUUGAGUCUGUGUUUAAGAGUAGCAGGAUUUUAUGAUUCCACAGGUUUAAGGUGUUGAGAAAUCGUUGCCCGUACGAAGAUUGAACUCAAAGAAAGGUCUUCAGUAAGAAAUUUUUGCUAAAAAUAUGAUGCUUAUGCUAUGACGGUUCAACUGAAAUUAGUGAAAAUGAGUUCAGAGGCACCAAGCUGGGCUGAUCAAUGGGGCUCAAGCGGAGCCGAUAACUAUGAGAAUGGAGGCGGAGGCAAGCAAGAAAGUAACAAAGGGAAGAAGAUGGCGGGUGUGAAGGCUGCUGCUUCCACUGGCCUCGGCAAGGCUAAGGUUGCUGCUACUGUCGGAGCACAGAAGGUGAAGACUGGCACUAGUGUCGGUAUCAACUGGGUCAAGAACCAGUAUCAGAAGAGGACCUCCAAAUGAAAAAAGAUGUAGCUUUGACAUAUAUAGGUGUCAUGAAAAUUUCUUGUCAGUUCAUAACUUUCUUAUGUUUAUACUUGAUGGGAUUGUAAGAAAAUUUGUUUGGUAUUAUCCUUGGCUGUCUGAAAAAUCAAAAUAAGAAGUCAUUCUUAGUUUUAGCUA